AUGACGGACGUGAAAGCGUUUCUCUAUGAAAUCUGUAUUCCGGCCAUCGGAGCGUUGUGUUUCUUGGCUGCUGUGCUCAACAUCGCUGUAUUCAUCUCCAGGUUUCAUGUGAAAUCCCGUUCGGCAACGUUGGAACUCACCUAUUCGCUGGCUUUGUCCGAUACCUGGACGAGUUUGGUCAUCGCGAUAUCGCUUUGCUGGAACUCAUACAAGCCAGUUGUUCUUCAAAUUCCACACAACUCCUACUGCUUUCCAUUGACGUUGGAGGCGUUCCGUACCGGUGGUCUCCUGACAGGUAUCAUUCACUUGGUGGCACUGGCAUUUGCGCAUUAUCUUCAAAUUCGAAGGCCAUUCGAUCAUCAGAAGAUUCUUUCACUUCGGACCGUCCAGAUUGUGGUCUUCUUCAUCUGGGCCGUUCCUCCUCUCAGUCUCAUUAUCUACUUCAGCAGUUGGCCUGGACAAGGCUAU